UUCAUUUCUCCUGCUGGUUCUAUUCAGUGGACCAAUUAUUCAACUGGCUACUUGCAGUAAAAUAUCAGAACGCUUAAAAUAAAUGCUGGGUUUCAGGCUGCUAUAAUGACUGAAGACUCUUCUGAAAACGAUGAAGGAAGUCUAGACAUCUGUGCAGUAGGAGAAGAAGAAGAAAAACUGGCUCAAGGGCUUCCACCCCGAAUUCUCAGCUCUCACAUACAUGCCAAGAAGAGUCUUCCUGUGACUGUGGAUGAAGGAAGAUUUCUGGAUAAACCACCUCUGUCAUACAUAGCAUUGAUUGCAAAGGCAAUACUUUCUUCCCCAACAAAUAAACUGAAUUUAGCUGCUAUCUACAAAUAUAUUGAAGAUAAUUUUCCUUUUUACAGGAACAAAGGACGAGGCUGGAGGAACAGUGUAAGGCACAACCUUUCACUAAAUGAUUGUUUCAUCAAGGUGGGAAGAUGUGAGGAUGGAAAAGGAAACUACUGGAGUAUUCACCCAUCAAACUUAAAUGACUUUGUUCACGGGGACUUCAGGCAACAUCGGAGGUCACGAAAGCGAGGGCACCAAAAGGAGGUAAAGCACUGCCUUGCUGUGAAUUAUUUCACACCAUGGGGACACUAUCCUUCCUGUCCAGCACCAAACUGGCUUUACCAAACACAUUAUUUUCUGGAUCCAAUGUGGAAACUUCUCUAUGCUGACAGAUUGCAGUUUGUGCAUGAAUACCAAAAGUGGAAUGUAAACAGUGGUUUAAUCAUGGGGAAGUUUUCACCUCAAUUACAGACUGAUAAACCCCACAGCACUUCUGAGGACUGGUUUUAUGGAGCUCCUGCCACUUCAGUUAUGCAGCAGAAUAUUUUCCUAAAUAUUCAGCCAGGUUUCCCUAACUCUCUUUUACUCUUUUCUCAAAAACAGCACCAAAGUGAAGCAUUCAGACACAUCUGUAAGUACUAGAAAGUAUUUGAAGUGCUUGAAUAACUUCGCAGGCAGCUUGUGACUCUGUCAAGAUAUAAUGUUUGUUGCACAAUUUUGAACUUUUGUAUAUGUUUAAAGACAGCAGAAGAGCUUGCUUACUUAUAUUAGCCAGUGAUUGUCCAUGAUUAUUACCUAAGUGUAUUAGCUUUGAAACCAUAACAAUGAUUUUUUAAUCAUUCUGCUGAUCAAUGGCCAUGCAUAGAUUACUUCAGUAUAAAAGUAAAUCCAUUCACACUGACUGCCCAAUGAAAUUAUUUUUAAAUUGUUCUGUAUUAAUCAUAUUAUUGUAUAAGACUGGUCUAUUGGAUUCAAAUUAAUACAAAUGUAUGUGUAUUUAUAACUAUAUAUUCAAAUAUGUACAAUCAUAUAUUUACUUCUACAUUAUAUUGAAUAGGAAGGAUAAAUACAUUUCUCCUUUGUCAUUUGAGAAUGUCUUUGAAAUUAUACUUGUCACCUCCCACACUGGCAAUACUGAAUUAUUCUUCUACUCAUUUAAUAUUGUACAUUGGUUAGUACUCACUUGACACUAUUAAUUCUGAUGCAUUGUAUUGAUCAAAAAAUCUCUGUACGUUUAUAUAUCUUUAACCAUUAAGUUGUGUACUUGUUCUCAUUUGAAUAAUUUUUCAGAUUAAUAAAUAUUUCAAGAGAAAUAGGAUUGCAAUACUAUCUAAAAUGUGUUUUAAGUUCAAAUCUGCUUUUUAAAUGCAUGGCCACAUAUUAAUUAACAUACUUAAAUGAUUACUUAAAGGCAACAUGGCUAAUUAUGAGUUUACCCAUUAGCUGGGUAUAAUUCAUUUAAGAAAUUUUCAUUUUUGGGAUAUUUCCACCUAUUGCUUAGGCUUAUAUCUAUGUUUUUAGUUCACAUAGUCAUACUUAUGUACAUAGCUACAGAGUGUAUGAUGUUAUGAAGUGCCCAUUUAAAUACAUUUUUAAAAUGUAUGUAUCUAUUCAGCAACCUCAUGGUAGCAGAAACUUUUGAAGUUUCACACAAAGUGGUAACAAACAUUGUGAAAAAACCCAGCUCUGCUAAAUUAUAAAACGACAAGAACUUCCUUUGAAACACUUACAGAAAAUGCAGAUGAAGGCACUGCAGUGCUUCAGUCAUGAAAUGCCCUUGUGUGUGGACAAAACAUGAGAACUGGACAAAGAUGGGGAAGGUAGGAUGAAGAUGGGAUGGGAAGACUGGCUAGAGGAAACACAGAUAACUGGAAUUGGGACAACGAGCUCAGACAUAUUGAUCAAAGAGCUGUGAGAAGCCUAAGGAACACAAAUUGUGAAUGCCAGGCAAUUAUAACCAGAUGAGAAUGAAAGCUAGGGAUAAGAGUCAGGGCAGGUUUGAUGAGUAGUAGGUGGGAAAAGUCUCUGCCUGCUACAGUUUAUGUGUUGCAUAAAAUCUAAUAUUCAUAGUUCUUUAGAUGUCAGCAAAUUACUUUAAAAUUACACAAGAGAACAACUUACUCCUGUUUUUUCCUCACUGGGUUUACUUGGGAAAAGCUUGUAAAGUACACCUGAGGAUAUUCCCAGGAUGACAGUGUCAUUUAACUCCAUCUUCCCUGCUAAGUAAGAGUUGGAGAAGGGUAUUAAAGUGCAUAACAUGACACUCUGCUUGAGCUACUGUUACUUACCAGGUUAUCCUUUAUGCCUGAACUAACCAUUUCAGUUUGCUCAGGAAAAAGAAUUGUAUUUUACCAGAUUAGUGAUGAUGGUGGAAAUGUGGCAUGUACCAGUCCCUACGCACUAUUCCAGGUCUUUGUUCCAGUUUCCUGUGGGAAUGCAAUACUAGUGACUCAUCUGAAGGAGACAUUCUGCUUAGAUGCUCAGAUUUCAUUUGAAGACCAUUUUGAAAUAGUUGUCAUACCACUAGUGAUAUACAUACCAUAGAAUGAAAACUCCCAUCUUAGAUAUUUCCACUAUGAUUAUAUAGCUGUCCAUAUACUUUCUUAUAUUUUUUGUUUUAUUCAAUGUGU